AUGUGUGGCUGCAGAGCAAGCGUUCCCAGCACCAAGCAGUACUCAGUCAGUCAGCCAGCUCCUGCUUCCACCAAGACCAGCCCUUCAGCUGCAGCAGGCAUGCCCAAGCACAUCUCUCUAGCCAAGCAGCUGGCAUCAAUAAAAGCUCUAGGCAAGGGCUCAGACCUUGAAAAAGCUUUUGCUACUGUGGCUUUGGUGUAUAACAACUCUGCUGACCCCGAGGGCAAACUCAGCAAAGCUGAAACCAAAGGGCUGCUGCAAACCCAGUUUGGGGGUUUCAUACAGGGGCAAGAAAACAAACCAAAAUACCAGGAAAUAAUUUCUGCCCUGGAUGAGGAGUCGGAGAACAAAAUUGAUUUUGAAGAUUUCAUGGUCUUGUUAGUCAGUCUCACCCUGAUGUCUGACCUGCUGCAGGAGAUCAAAAAUGUGAAAGCUACAAAAUGAUCAGUGCUUUGAAAGAAAGAAAAUGGCUUGGCACUUUAUAAGGAAAACAGGAGUGAACCACACACAGAGAUAACACCGAGUGCCUGGGUACCCUGUGCUGUUUCCCUUUACUUGAAAUAAAACCUGGCUGAACUCA